CAGUCAGUCAGUCUACAGUCAACACUGUUCAGAUCCACCUCGGUUCACCAGGAGGACCAGCAGCUCACUGGUCCCGUCUCAGUCUGGUACUGGCUCAGUCUGGUCCCGUCUACAGAGCGGUGUUGUCGGGCGGAGACAUGGCACCGCUGAGGUGGGAGGUUCUGUUGUACCUGGCGGUCGUUUUGCUGGUGUCCUGCGGCGCCGCUCCCUCCGACAUCCUGUAUCGGGUUCCUGAGGAGCAGCCGCCCAACACGCUGAUCGGCAGCCUGGCAGCGGACCAGGGCCUGCCCGACACCGGACACCUCUACAAGCUGGAGGUGGGCUCGCCGUACCUGCGGGUCGACGGCAAGACAGGCGACAUCUACACCACGGAGAUCCCCAUCGACCGCGAGACGCUGAGGGACUGCCGCAACCUGUUCGAGGGCGAGAAAUGCUUCCUGGAGUUCGAGGUGUCGAUCACCGACAUGGUGAAUGGGCUCGGCUCGGGGCCGCGGCUCAUCGAAGGCCGCAUCGAGGUGCUGGACAUCAACGACAACACGCCGCAGUUCUCCUCGCCCAUCCUCACCCUGUCGCUCCCCGAGAACACGCACAUCGGCGCCCUCUUCUCCAUCCCCAUGGCCACCGACAGGGACUCCGGCACCAACGGCGUGGCCGAGUACUCGCUGAGCACCGGGCCGGACGCCGACCAGCUCUUCAGCCUGCAGGUCGCCUUGGACUCAGACGAGAAGCUGCCUCAGCUGGUCGUCAUGGGCAACCUGGACCGCGAGAAGAAGGACUCGUACGACUUGAACAUCCGGGUGGUGGAUGGCGGGAAGCCGGCGAGGGCGAGCAGCGCUCUGCUGCGGGUCACCAUCACCGACCAGAACGACAACGCCCCCAAGUUUGAGAGGAAUCACUACGAUGCCGAGCUGCUGGAGAACAGCCCACAGGGACACUCGGUGCUGCAGGUCCGAGCCAACGACGCAGACACCGGCACCAACGGAGAGAUCGACUACAGCCUCCAUCAGGCGUCGGAGGCGGUCCAGAGGCUCCUACGCAUCGACCGCUCUACAGGCAUCAUCUACGUCAAGGGUCUGGUGGACCGCGAGGAGGAGAGCUUCCUAAAGUUCUUUGUGGUCGCCAAAGACCGCGGGCCCAACUCCAAGAGCUCCAAGGUCUUGGUGACCAUCAACGUCAGGGACCAGAAUGACAACGCGCCGGCCAUCGAGAUCCGUGGUAUCGGUUUGGUGACGCACCAGGACGGCGUGGCCAACAUCUCUGAGGACAUGCCCAUCGGCACGCCGGUUGCGUUGGUGCAGGUGUCGGACCGCGACGAGGGAGAAAAUGCGGUGGUGACGUGCGUGGUUGCCGGCGACGUCCCAUUUCAGCUCCGACCCGCGAGCGAGUCCGCCAACGAUCGGAAGAGGAAGUACUUCCUGCAGACGACCACCCUGCUGGAUUACGAGCGUGUUAAGGAUUACAGGAUUGAAAUCGUCGCCGUGGAUUCUGGGAACCCAGCCCUGUCCAGCACAAACUCCCUCAAAGUGCAGGUCACGGACAUGAACGACAACACGCCAAACUUCUCCCCGGCGUUGCUCGAGGUGGACUUUGCGGAGGGCAACCAGCCGGGUGACAUGGUGCUGGAGGUCGGGGCGACGGAUGCGGACAGUGGCACCAACGCGGAGCUGGUCUACAGCAUCAUCGAGCUCUCGGCCACCCGGCUCUUUGAAAUCGAAGCUGGCACCGGCGAGAUCCGUGUGAAGAACCAGCUGGAUCGGGAGGAGACAGAGCAGUACGAGUUCCGUGUGGCGGCGGCAGAUAAAGGCGUUCCCAGCAAAACUGGCACCGCUACCGUGGUGGUUAAUGUUCUGGACCGCAAUGACAAUGACCCCAAGUUUAUGCUGAGCGGCUACAGCUUCUCUGUCAUUGAGAACAUGGCGCCGCUAAAUCCCGUUGGCGUGGUGACCGUCACGGAUGCCGAUAAAGGCGAGAACGCCAGAGUGAAGCUGUACGUGGAGCCGGACAUCGGCAAGUUUGUGAUCCAGAACGGCACGGGGACCAUCCUGUCCAGCAUUUCCUUCGACCGCGAGAAGGAGAGCACCUACACCUUCCGCCUGAAGGCCGUGGACGCCGGCGACCCACCUCGAUGCUCCUACGUGGGCGUGACCAUCAAUGUCCUGGACGAGAACGAUAACGCCCCCUACGUCACCAAACCGGCGAACUCCUCCUACACGUACAUGUCACCCGUCACCCCGCCGGACACCAGCGUGGAGGUGGUAGAGGCCGAGGAUAUAGACUCAGGACUCAACGCCGAGCUGCUCUACACCAUCACAGGCGGCAACCCGUACGACCUGUUCCACAUCUCGCCCGACAGCGGCGAGAUCACACUGGUGCAGGAGUUCACCGGCAAGCACAACGGGCUGCACCGCCUGGUGGUAAAGGUCAGCGAUAAAGGCAAACCUCCCCGCCACACCACCGCCCUGGUCCACGUUUUCGUCAAUGACACCAAGUCCAACGUGUCCCUCAUCGAGGCGCUGGUCGGGCAUAGCCUCUACACCCCUCUGGACCGGGACAUCGCCGGAGAUCCCAACUACGCCAACGCUCAGCGCAGCAACAUCCUGUACGGCAGCCUCGCCGGCAUCGCCGGCGUGAUUCUCGUCAUCGUGGCCGUGGUGGUCAUCAGACACCGGCUCCAGAAGGACACCAAGAGCGGCUACCAGGCCGGCAAGAAGGAGAGUAAGGACCUGUACGCUCCCAAGCAGGGUCCGAAAAACGGCAAAGGGAAAAAGAGCAAAAAGGGGAAAGCGCCAAAACCGGCGAAGCCGCUGGAGGAGGACGAGGAGGCCAGCCUGCAGAAAGGCCUCAAGUUCAACCUCAUCAACGAGAACGUCAACGACAGUCCCAGAAUCCACCUGCCCCUUAACUACCCGCCGGGAAGCCCCGACCUGGGCCGCCACUACCGCUCCAACUCGCCGCUGCCCUCCAUCAUGCUGCAGCCACAGUCGCCCUCCGCCUCCAAGAAGCACCAGGCCGUGCAGGACCUCCCCGCCACCAACACCUUCGUGGGAACGGGCGACAACACCUCCACGGGCUCCGACCAAUAUUCGGAUUACAGCUACAAGGCCAACCCGCCCAAAUACAGCAGCAAACAGCCCCCCCACCGCCGAGUGACCUUCUCCACGGCCAACCAGGCGCAGGAACUGCAGGACGCGUCCCAGCACAGCUACUACGACAGCGGCCUGGAGGAGUCGGAGACGCCCAGCUCCAAGUCGUCGUCGGGGCCGCGGAUCGGGCCCCUGGCGCUGCCGGAGGACCACUACGAGCGGACCACGCCCGACGGCAGCAUCGGCGAGAUGGAGCACCCGGAGAACGACCUCAGGCCUCUUCCCGACGUGGCGAUGACCGGUAACUGCACCCACGAGUGCACCGAGUUCGGCCACUCCGACUCCUGCUGGAUGCCCGGCGAGCCUUCCCCCACCCACAAGGUACUCAAGAACGCCCCCACGCUCUCCACCUUCGUGCCUUACCAGGAGAUGGACGGGCAGGAGCAGCUGAUGGCCAACGGCAGCCAGCCCCUGACGGAGGAGCGCGGGACCGGUGGCGUUGGCGGCGGCGGCGGCGGCUGCAGCGGCUCCAAAGUGGCAAACAUGCGGUUCAUGACGCCCUACAGCAGUGCCUACCCCGGGGGCGGAGACUCGUCCGGUAAAGACUGUGGGCUGGAGGAGAUCCCGCUGAGCCAGGCGGUGGAGUAUCACUCGGCCACCACUCCGACCGGCCAGACCUCCAAGAGGGAGAUCUACCUGUGAGGGCGCCGCUCUCCACCUUAAAUCCCCCAAAAACCACCACCUUCUCUACGCCUCUCAUCAUCCCCCGUCGCUGCUCGCCACCACCUGUCCCGCCCCCUCACUGCCGCCCCCUGUGCCUAUUACUACUCGCUGUGCCGCAGCACCGACACCCCUUCUUCCUUUUUAUAACUGCAUCCACCGUACAAGGCUUUAGACCCUCGCCCGCCUCGCCCACUGCCACCGCCACCGCCACCGCCACCACCCUCCUCUAGAAACCAAUCAAAUGUAAAAUAGAAUUAAUUCAAAUCAAUUGAAGAAAACACGCGGCGCCUGCUGCUGCGGACGGAAUGUAAACUACACCACAUCGUUGUGAUAAUUUAAUGGGAAACUAUUUAGCUACUCACGUAUUUGAGUUGGAUUUUUGUGCGUUGCUUUAGGCUUUGUUGCUGUGUUGGAACAGAAAAAGAAAAAAACACCUUCGGGGGGAGAAGGGAACGAACUAUUUGUAAAUCCUACUUCAGUAUACAGUGUAAUGCUAUCUAUCCUGAAUAGUUUUUUGGAUUUCUUUUUGAUUUUUUUCGACUCCGGAGCCUCCGGGGGAAAUACAUUUUUGAGCCGAGUUGCAUCAAAUCAACCGGGCUCGUUUUUAUCAGGAACAGCUUGUCGCCAACGUAAGACGUUCGCAGAAACGCGGCUGUUUUCCAACCUCCGGAGUUGAACUUUUUUCAGGUCUGUUCAUUUCUUUUUUUUUCUUUUUUUGCCGUGAAGAGCUCUUUUUUCAGUGUACAGAGCUGUAAAUACAAACAGUGACAGAGGAAACUGCUGUGUGGAUCCGUGGCUGUCGUGCUGUCUGCAGAUCUUCAUGUAACGUCAGAAUUUGAUGGACUGAAAACUUCCGCAUGUACAGAGGAAACGACGCCGCGGCGUUCACGUCACACUGCAGGAAACCUGGACUCUUGAGCAUCACCGACGGUGCCGAGUUACAAACACAAGACUUUUUAUUAUUAGUUUUUUCUCUCCUCUACAAAUUUACAACACAGUUCAUAUCGGGUUCACGAGGAGACAAAAGCAUCCGAGGUGCACCGGUAACAAUUCAUUCAGAACCGAAAGAAGUUCUUCAGUCAGUGGAUCGACUAAAGCUGAAAGUACCGAUUAUAUUAUUGAUGCUCCUGUCAGUAGUAGACCAUAAAGUUUAUUCUAACAGAAAGCUAAAACAAAUAGACAAAUCACAAUAACUUUAACACCUUUUUCACCACCAAAAAAAUGAAUAACCAGUCAAUUGUUUAAGUUUUUAAAUCAAGCAAAGUAGUCAAACAUUCUUUGGCUCCAGCUUCACAAUGUGAAGAUUUGCUGUUUUAUAUCAUCAUAAACAGAACAGUUCUGGUUUUUGGACCGUUGGUCCGACUAAACCUUUUAAAACACGACCACAAGAAGACUUAUUGAUAUGAAAUACAUCCUACGAUGUGAUAGUUUUCUUUAAGCCUCCCAGGUAGUUCAAGAUUAAAAUGUGAAGUUUGUCCUGAAUGUGGCGCUGGAGGAAAAGUCGAGAGGUGAUUGAAAUCAAACGGGGUUCAUCCUCUGGGGAGCAGGAAUGUUGUCAGUAAAUGUCACAGCAAGCUGAUGCUUAGGUUUUCACAUUUGAGUUAAAGCAGGAGUCUAGAAACUCGACUGAUUGUGGCGCGAGAGAAGAAAUCAUCUUUUCUUUUUACUUCAUCCUUUGGGGAGCAGGAAUGUUUACGGUUGCUUUCCAUCCAUAUCCUCCAAUUGGUUUUGGAGAUACUGUAUUUUGUUGAGGAGUUUGGAAAGUUUGUCCUGAUGGUGAUGCUAGAGGAAAGAUCAGGAGGUCAUCAGAGUCAUCAUCCUCUGGGAAACAUGAAUAUCAAUCUUGCAUACUAUCGCCAUAUUUUGCACGGCAAUAUUAUCGAUACGCGGACGACGUCAGGUAACCAUUUUUUUUGUCAUAUAAACUACUACUGGGCCGCUAUUCUGUCUUUCAGAGGUUGUAGCGGGCUCAGUCCUAAAGCUAGCGUCAAUGAGAGCUUGUUGGGGAAAAGAAAGCCAAAUAACACUCUAAAGUUAGGCACUUGACCUCUGACCUCCAGAUAUGUGAAUGAAAACUCAGAUGAACGGAGUGGAAACUGUAUCUUAUUAGAUAAAACAGAUGUUGACAAAUAAGAUAAUAUCGUAUCAUGACUUCAGUAUGGUGAUAAUAUGGUAUCGUGGGGCGUCUGGUGAUUCCCACCGCCGUUACUAACCCGGUUUUCUGUCACGUUUGUGACGUCGAGGGAGACAGCAGGAAAACAAUAGAAAGGCUACUCAUCUACUGGCAUCUACAUGCGCUAAUGUUGGUGGGAAAUGAGAAUUAUUGCUUCUACAGAACGCAAAAAAUGAAUGAACACAAUACCAGUCAGGAUUAAUGAUCGCCAACAUCGUCACUCAACAAGAGGUUUGAAAGUUUAAUACUUAAAGAACAUGUUUAGUUGUGUGUUCAGCCUGUGUAUUCUUCCCACAGUGCACCUCUGCACAUCCCAGCCGCGGUGGUUGGAGUGGCUUGUUUGUGGACACGGUGCUGAAUGUUUCCCCCGCUGUGUUUCUGAGCUUGAAGGACGAGCUCUCCGGUCAGUGUCGCCUCUCAUUAGUUCCCACCUCUUUACCUCCUCAGUGUGAGGCCGAGCCGUUCGGCCGUUUAGCACAAGUAUUUAUUAAACCUGUUAGCUCUGUGCAGCGGAGUGGGGGGGGAGGAGGAGGUGGUGGGCGCCGCUUCCCGCCGUGCUGCAGUCUCACAGAAACGCAGGAUUAAUGACACCUGAACACGCUUCAGUCCACUAACACCCCCCCCUCCCCUUCACACAGCGCGGCGGCGGAGGAACUCUGAUUACAACCCGAGGCUCUGCACAUUACCGGCGAUAAUUUGCGCCAGUAAAAGCGAGCUGGUUUGGAAGUCCAUUCAUCCUGAGCCUGGUGUUAAUGGCUGCUGAGGGUAAUGUGAGAUUUCACCUGUAGUGAUGCACACCAGCUGAGGCUGGAUGGAUGAAAGCAACGGCACAGUGAGAGACCGGCUCCCUAACAAGUCAUUUAGUCUCUCACUGAGUCCUGAAGUCUUAAAACAAAGCAGCCGGCAGAGUGAGAUUAAUUCACCUGUUUCCAAGUCAGGAGUCACCUGAGUACAGGAACCAAUGAGUUUAUGUUUUACAUAAGCAUCGUACAUCUUUCUCAACCUCAGGGUCUGCACCCCGCGUUCAUCCACAGCUAGGUAGAGAUCUUAAAGGGAGAGUUGUGCUGUUUUGUGCAGCUGAGCUCUGCUGUUCUGCACCGUAACCCACCUUUAAAUAUCACCUCAUUAAUAUCAGGAGUCCCCAGGAUGCUUUGAUCUACAGUUAGUAUUUGCUAUCUAAUCAAACUAGAAAUCAAGCGUUCGUCUUCCUGGGGGAGAAACCUGCCUCGUUUCUACUAAUUUAUUCUCUUCUCGAACCUUCCUGACACAAAGAGAGCAGCUGUGGGAACAAGUGGGAUUAUCUCGCCCCUGUUGGCAGCGAAGUCUCGACGGCUGAAUAUGAGACUAAAUGACUUGUCAUUUUGUUUUCUGCGAGCGUGUGUGUGAUGUGAACAUCCACCCUCCAGAAUCACAGAGGCAACAUCAAAGCGCCGCCGCCGGGCUGCGACGCCUUCAAAGUCUAAACAGGCAGCAAAACGAGGGCGCGGCGCGGCGACGGAGCGGCGGCGGGGUCACACCAUCUCGUUUUAUUACGCAAACAAUCGCCUUCGCCGAGCCAGUCGGACCGCUUCCUUCCUCUGCUUUCUGCUUUUUUGUUUUUUUUGAUGAUGUCGUGCUCACACCUUCAGCUGUGCUGCUUAAUUGGUUUUUAUUGUACAUACAUUUGUUUCUGAUGUGCGGAGGCUCGAUGUGGGGGGGGGGGACGUUAACGCCAUUCACAACACGAUUCCUCCCGUCUCUGAAGGCGAUUUGAUUCAUUGUCGACGUAUCUGCCUGUUCAGAAAGCACACAGUCACAGUAUUCCCCUGCACAUAAAUCAGCCAUCAUUCAACCCUCCCAGUGACAGAGAUUUAGAGUUCACGGGCGCCGCCGCGGUCCCUCGCGCUCCCCAUCUUCCUCUGGUGAUUUAACGCCGGCGCUCAGCGCUCUGAUUGAUUAUUUACAGGCCCGCCACGGAGGUCCACAUUGACUCUCCUCCUUCCUUUUCCCAUCGCCACGCUUCGCCGUUUCACCGUAAACAAGUCAUUUUUCCUCUCCUCCGUGAUGCCGGCUCGCCGCUCGCCUCCCGGCCGGCCGCUGAACUCCCAGGAGGCCGCUGUGUUCUGCUGUCUAAGCUAAAGAUAGAGGAGAGAGGCCAGAGUCAUGAGGCGUCGGUUUAACCUCAACUCUUUGGCACCAAUUAACCCCAGAAGAAGAAAAGCAACCUCUGGUGACCCCCUAUGACCUUUGGUGACCUCUGGCGUUGCUGUUGGCUUUACCUCAGGCCUCAGACUGUGAGUGUGUUUACAGUAUUAAACACUCAUUACAGGUAUGAAAUGGGAUUAAAGGUUUUAGUGUUUCCCUUUUAAAGACUUUUUGUGGCAGAAAAUAUUAACAAUGAAGUUUAACUACACGGCCAAAAGUAUGUGGACAGCCAGCGACUUCAGCCUGGUUUCAGUCUCUCCUCCAGAUGUUGAACCAGCUGCAGAGAUUUAAUGACAGAUUAUUUAGAGAUGGUUUAAAGUUACUAUUUUUCUUGUUGUUAUUUAAGCUACGGACAUAAAUUAAAAUAAGUGAAAGUUGCGCAAUUAACCCCAGAAGAAGAAAAAAGCAACCUCUGGUGACCCCUGAUGACCUUUAGUGAUGUACGCAACCAUUUCAGCUCAUUACACGCAGAGUCUUUUCAAAAUAAACUUCCGUCUUCACAGGAAACACUUUGGUUAGGUUUAGGCAACAAAACUACUUCGUUCGAGAAGACGGUGGUUUGGGUUAAAAUAACUCUGGAAGUUACGUGAAUAAUAAAUCAACGUUGACUUGACGGGACACAAACGCCGGUCUCCUGGGUGAACGUCCAGUGUCCUCCCAUCCACCCCGACCUCCUCCCUACGCAGCGUUCUGUCGCUCUUUACACUUCCUUAUUCACGAUUUCAUGGAUUACACAGUCAUUUUGUGGCAUAUACACAAAUUACAGUGCAUUACUUUCAUAUACUUUUUAUAUACCUCCGUGGAGUUCCUCGGAGCAUCAGUAGAAGACAGAUACAUUUCCCUCUUAACAUAUUAAUUCACAAUGCAGUUUAGUUGUAUGGGAAUCAUAUUCACAGUAUGUGUCCACACAGUACAGAAACAGUAUACACAGUAUAUCCUGUAUACAGUAUACUGUAUGUCUGCAAGCAUAGAGAUGGUCCUUUGGCUUUUUGGUCUUAAGGCUUCCUGUCAGACUACAAACACUUCCUGCUCCCUGGAGGAACACCUGAACCUCCGAUACCCCCCACCACCACCACCACUACCCAUCAACCCCCAGGAGAGCUGCUGUCACACACACUGACAGCCUCGCUGUGUGUGUGUGUGUGUGUGUGUGUGUGUGUGUGUUCAGCAGGUGUCUCUGCAUGCAGAACGUCCACAUUCACUGAAACGUCCCGUAUAAAUAUCCCAGAGAGAAGAAUAGAGAUAUAGAAGAGAUCAAACUUCAGUUCGUCUGCAUAUGAAGCUCUACAUGUUUCUGAUGUAUUGAAGGGAAAAGAUAUUGAUCAGAUAUCAGCUCUGGUCUGUCUGCACAUGAAUCCCUUUACUUUAUUAAUAAUAAUAAUAAUGAUGUGCAUCAUUCAGUUAGUUUACGUCUAAAAACACAAACUGGUUUACAAUUAAAAUGCUUCUUGAUUUUAAAAUGUUGGCACCUGGUUUACAUUUGAUUUAUUAUUAAAUUAAAGUGCACUAUUUUGCUUCUGAAGCACUUUAUAGACUCACUGAUUCGUGACUUAAAUGUCUUCUAAAACAUAUUGGUUUACUACUGACGGGCAUUAUUUAUGUAUGAAAUCUAUCUGCUGUACUUUCAGAGAAAAUGUUUUGUUUCCUAAAACUCCCAGACUGCGUCUCAAAUCCUUUAUUUCUGGAGUGAUGUCUGAGUCUUAAAGCUGCACUAAUCAAUAUUUUUCACAACAAUGGAUCACAUUAUUACGUGUUAAUGUUGAAGGAAUUGCUUUGCAGUGAUUUUAUAAGGUGGUAAUAUGUCAGACGUUGUGUUUAUAGCUUGUUCUGCUGCAACCAAGUGGCCAAAAAUACUAAUUAAUGCAGCUUUAAGACAGAAUUAUAAACCCAGUUUUUGUUUCCCCUCUGGUUUGAGCAUUUUAAAGUUUCCCAAAGAUAUCUCGUAGAACUUUUUGGUGAAGUUUUGGCACAGAUUUAAUUGGAAAAAGUUUGAUUCCAUUAAUAUAAUAACGUUCGGAUCAAACGGCAAAAAGCAAACUUCAUUUUAUUAAUUUAAUAAUUUGAGACGCAGCCUGAAUUUCCUACUUUAAACUCUUUAUUUUGUGCUCCAGUUGUGAAACUCUCUUUAUGAAUCAUGUUGUUGUAGCUGUUGAGUUCAGCCGUGUUGGUGGAAUCUGAUCCUCGAUGACAGUAAAACAUGAAUGUUGAUUUUGUUUUUUCUGAGUCCGUGCAGUUUAACGGAAGCUUCACUUUGUUCAAAUACACAACCCAAUUACUUUAUUCAGUGUUUCCCCUCGACGCUCCUCCUCCGUCUGACCGUCAGUGACAUUCUGACUCAGUGGAAUCAUCGUCUCUAAUCUGUCCACUAAGAUUUACAAGCUGCUGCCUCUCAUGGAAUCAUUGGUUUUAUGGUCGGGACUUUUGUAUUGAUGGUUUUAUUUAUUAAGAUGCAAAAAUAAGAGCUUUCAUGAAAAUUACAUCCAAAAGAAACAAUGAAAAACUGAACAAUCGUCAUUUAACUACAUUUUUUUAAGACGUAUCCGCGAUCCUUAAAGACUUUUUACACGCAGCUGCAAAUAUUGAACCUCUUCUUCGUUGUUCUGACAAUAUUAUAUUUUAUUUAGUAUAUUUGUGUAAAAAGUUCAGGAUGGCAACUUGAUUCCCUCACCAAACACAUCUUGUGUAGGAAUCAAUGCUUUGGCACGGAAAACUGGAGUAAAAGAAUGAAGCUGCCGUCACAAACGUUCAAUUUUAACAGUUUAACAGUUUAAAGGGUUAAAUGAUUUUGUUUGUUUUGACACAGCUUACACAUCGCAGCUGAAAAAAUGCCUUAAAUUUAAGAUGUAAAAUUGAACCUGAUCUGACGGGAAGGCGUAUAAAUAAAUAAAUAGCAGCACAUUCUAAAGACAUUUCAUGUGUCAGUUAACGCCACCUCGUUACCGGGAAGCGGUCGCGGUCGCGGUCACCUCUUAGUGAGGAGAAACAUCAUGGUUGUGUGUCGGAGCCACAAUGUGGAUUUAACCUGUAUUGUUUAUUUUCAUUUCUUUAGGCUGCACAUGUUCAGUUUGGUGAGUAUCAUUUCUGUUAACUGGCACAGUUACGGUGUGGUUUCACUUUAUCUACCUGACUGAGCACCCGGACGGUCGGAUGGAUCCAGACUGAGAGGCUGAGUUAGGCUCCGAUGUUUUAUUAGUUAUUACAGUUAGCCUAAAUUAUUUCUUGUAAUUCUUUUCAUUUAAGAAACAACAAACGUAUCUGGGCUGAUGGAUUUCUUUGAACGAGUCACAGUAAAGAGCCCACCGAGCCUCUUAGCGGCUUUUGAUUGACAGAAGUCGCUACGUACAUGUAGGGCUUCAAAUAAGCUUGUAAACAACACGUCGCUCAUGUAACUUCAAAAUAACUCAACAACACUUUGGAACAUGAACGCCCGUCUCCGGGUUGAAAGUCCUGUGUUUGUUGAACUCUGAGCGUAGCGUAUUCACGCGUUUGCAUUACAGUCAGUACAGACUACAUGGCGUACACAUGACACGCCGAAAGCAACUAAGGCGUUGUGAUUGCACGGGAAAUAACUUAUAAAGUACCGGCUCAUUCAUACGCCAUUCGGUGAGACCGGGCUGAGAAACUCUUAAUGAUUUCGUAGCCUCCCCGCACAAGCUGAGACAACCUGGAUGACAUCACCAUGACAUCAUCAGGGUUAUCUUCCUUGACACAGCUCCUCCAGAGCCACAAAUAAUAAUCUUCAUUUGUAUAGCACCGUUCUAAACAUAGUUACAAAGUGUUGCACAGAUACAAUAAAAUACAGACAAAAUAAAAACACCAAUAAUAGAAAAACUAGAACCUGUAACCAGUUGGUAUCAAUACAUUACGCCAGAAAGAGGACAACUGAACGUCUUUAUGUGGUUUGAGUUUGUUUUUCAUGAACGUAGUGAGUUAAUUCUACGACUUUAAUCAGUACAAAAGUCCUAAAGGAGUAAAAGCCGGUGAGGUCCUGAGAGCAGCAGACUCCUUCUACAUGAACUCAUGUGAUAAAAUCCGGAGUGGUUUUGCUGUUUUCUGGUUGUGUAUUAUACCGAGGCCGGAGUCUCUCUGCAGAACGAGGCUCCAGCUGAGCAUGAAACAAGCCAACUUUAUAAAUAUUAUACAUUUUCGUUGUUGUCGCAGUUGUUUUUAUCAAUGUUAUGGAAUCAACACUGCUAUAGACAUAUUGUAUGAAUAUAAAUGGUCCUUGCUGUUUUUUACCAGAUGCGGCAGUGUGUAAAUGAUGUGUUUUCUGAACGGGCAGACUGGACUCUGUGUUUUCUCUUUUCUUUACUCCAUCGUGAAAAAACGGAUUCUUCACAGAAUCCCACACAAACCGUUCAAAUAGUGACGGUUAGUUUCACGCUAAAACCCCCAAACGGGAAGUCAGACUUCUCAGACUGAAACUACGGAAGCCGAGAGAGGCCGUUACCUUGUGAUCUAUCUCGGUUUGAUUUCUCAGGAUGAGACGAUUAGCCUUAAAAACAAACAUGAGCGGCGCGUAAACGUAAUUGUUAACCUCACGACGAGAAGAUAAAGUCACCACUACGAUGAACGAUGUGUUAACUCCAGAAAAAUCUUACACACUUUGGUUUUUUGUUUGAGAUAACUGAGAAAGAAAAAGACAGAAAGAUGAAAUACGAUAAUUACGUCAUACUCCGGAAAUUAUGUCAUUAUCUCAAAAUAAUAAUAUUAAAACAAAACACAGCUGCAUCAUUUGUUAUCUCAAGAAAUAUAUAUAUAUGUAUAUAUGUAUAUAUAUAUACAUAUAUAUAUAUAUAAUUACAAAACUUAAAAGCUAAUGUUUUGAAAUCUUAAGAUGACAAGAUAUUUUAAAAAUAUAUACCUCCAAAAAGAGCGUAAUCAAUUUGAAAUUAUUUUGAGAUAAUGACAUUAAAUGAUCUCAGAGCAACAUGUUAAAAAAUAAAUAUCAGCAGAAAAAAAUAAAAAUUAGCCUGUAAAAGUAAAAUACAUCAAUAAAAAAAAAAACUCAUAUUGUUAGCGGGGAUGAUGACUAUCAUUAUCUUGGGAUAUCCAAAAAGAUAAUUGAUUUUUGAUUGUAAAAAAAUAAAAGAUAAUUUAGUUGUGUUCUUGGCGAUAACAGACCUAAAAAAAAAUAAUAAACGACCAUGGCGGCUCCGAGCCUCCGUACAUUAAGGAUGGAGUGGGAAAUAUUUCUGGGUUUUUUGUGAGCUAGAAGAAGAAAACAGCAGACGGACAGAGCUGCCGAAUACCUUUUGUCUUUACGGAAAAGUCCACGUUUGUAGCCUAAUUGUUGGUUGGUUAUAUUUAUAUAGGAACAACGCUAGUGAUGCCUUGUUUUUUGUACAGUUUUAUGUACAUGCAAGUGUAGGUUUUUAAAAAAUGAAGAUGAAAAUAUAUAUAUAUAUAUUCAAACAACGUGAAGGAAUCUGACCUGAACCUGUAGGAUUAUAUCGUCUGAAGUACCGUAGGCUCUAUUAAAUGUAGGAGUGAUGGCUCAGAGCGGAGGACGACGGCGUCUCGCCUCCAAUCAUCCACCGGCUUUAUACUGCUUUACCUUUCCGUUCUCUCACGUUCGUCCCAAGACAAAACUGUACAUUUCCUUUGGUUCUGUUGGGUUUGUUUUUUUGAUUUCCUUGGAGGAAGUUGGGUGAUGUGUUUGUUUGAGCCUCAUCUGUUCUCUUUUUGAUCAGCAUCCGCAUGUUUGAAUUAAAAAAAAAAAAUGUGGUCUUUUAUUUUUGCUGAGGCAAAUCAAAGAAAUGAUAUCUUGUAAUUACUCCUUCCUUAUAGCUUUACAAUAAAUACAUUCAGUCAAA